AUGAUUAAUGCUCAUGCUAACUUGCAUAAGAGAAAAUCUUCCUUGAUUGCUGAUGGGAAUCAUGCUGCUGCUUUUAAGACAUUAAGGAAGGGAACCUAUAUGGACUCUCUUGAAAGAAAGGAUGAUACUGUUGUUGAUGAUAACAAUAACAAUGAAGAAAAAGAUGGAGGAGAAGUUGUUGAUGAUGAAAAGAAAAAGCCUUCUACUCGAUGUUUCAGCCAUGGUUUUCAUUUAAUGGAAGGAGAAAUGAACCAUGGAAUGGAAGACUAUGUUUUUGCUCAACACAGGAAACUCAAUGGUUACGAUUUAGGAUUGUACGCAAUAUUCGAUGGACAUGCAGGUCGCGACGUUGCAAAAUAUUUGCAAAACCAUCUAUUUGAAAUUAUACUGAAUGAGCCUGAUUUCUAG